AGCAAUGCCUGCCCCUCGACUCAUCGGACCAUCCACUUCACCGUACGGUGCCCCAGUACUCUUCACACCGAAACUGGACGGAAGCCUGCGCAUGUGCAUCGACUACCGAGCUCUCAACAAGCAGACCAUCAAGAACAAUUACCCGAUUCCACGAAUCGAUGAUCUGCUCGACCAGCUUCGGGGAGCCAUGGUAUUUUCAAAAUUAGAUCUGCGGUCCGGAUACUGGCAGAUAAGAAUGGCGGACAAUUCCGUUCACAAAACUUCCUUCCGAACAAGGUACGGAUCGUACGAGUAUCUCGUGAUGCCGUUCGGACUCACCAACGCACCUGCAACAUUCCAAGCAGAGGUGAAUCAUAUCCUUUGCCCACUCUUGGACGAAUGCGUGGUGGUGUACCUAGACAACAUCCUCGUCUACUCGCGCGACAUGCAACAACACGUCGAACACUUACGACGUGUCUUCGAGAUUCUUCGACGAGAACGCUUCUACGUCAAAUUAUCCAAGAGCGAAUUCGCCCUCGAGAAAGUCCAAUUUCUCGGACAUAUCAUAAGCGCUCAAGGAGUUCACGUCGACCCCAAGAACAUCGAAGCCGUGCGUACGUGGAAGACACCCGAGAAAGUGAAGGAGUUACAGCAAAUCCUUGGCUUUGCUAACUACUACAACAGGUUCGUGCCGCAAUACGCGAAAAUCGCCGCGCCACUCAGGAAUCUGCUAAAAAAGAACACGCCCUAUAAAUGGGAGCCAAAGCACCAGGAAGCCGUGCAGCAGCUAAAGCAAGCACUCACGUCCGCACCCGUACUCAUCUUGCCAGACCCCGAACGCAACUACGUCAUCAAAGCUGACGCCAGCGACCAGGCAGUGAGAGCAGUCUUGAUGCAAGACCAGGGGAAUGGACUGCAACCAAUCCCCUAUCUUAGCAAGAAACUACAUGGGGCAGAACAAAACUACCCAAUACACGACAAGGAGGCCCUGGCUAUCAUCAUCGCCUUAAAAAAAUGGAGAUGCUAUCUCGAAGGACGCAAGACAAGAGUCUACACCGACCAUUGCAAACUAAAAUAUUUGAAGACGCAACCAAGCCUAGUUCGGUGGAUCAACUUCCUCGAGACGCACUUCCACUACGACAUCGUGUACAAGCCUGGCCAUAAAAACAAAGCCGAUGCGCUUAGCCGGCCUGCACACGUUGCCGCGAUCCAGUAAAUUCUGGAAAGAACUGAUGUCUC